AUGACAAUUAGGUGCACCAGGAUCGCAACGGAUGAUGAUGAUGAUGAUGAGGAGGAGGAGGAGGAGGAGGAGGAGGAGGAGGAGGAGGAUGACGAUGAUGAUGAUGAUGAUGAUGAUGAUGAUGAUGAUGAUGAUGAUGAUGAUGAUGAUGAUGAUGAUGAUGAUGAUGAUGAUGAUGAUGAUGAUGAUGAUGAUGAUGAUGAUGAUGAUGAUGAUGAUGAUGAUGAUGAUGAUGAUGAUGAUGAUGAUGCACUGGUGUGUUCGCUGCACGUCAUGACGCUGUGUAAACCACCCAGAGCCAUGCGCACACCGAAGCGGUCGGUAUCGAAGAUCAUCGAUUAA